CGCUGUCUUCUAUACUCUCGUACAGGAAGUGACGCCACCGCGUCCUGCGCGAGGGGGCGGGGAGCGGAAGUGGAGUGGUGGCCAUCUUUAGUGCCGGCAGCAGGGGCGCCGGGGCUCGAUGCCGGCGGAGAAGAUGGCGGUGGACGGCCCCGAGCAGAUGGAGAUGGACGAUGGGAAGGGCGGCACAGGGCUGCGGCAGUACUACCUGUCCAAGAUCGAGGAGCUGCAGCUCAUUGUGAAUGAGAAGAGCCAGAAUCUGCGGCGCUUGCAAGCACAGAGAAAUGAGUUGAAUGCUAAAGUGCGGCUGUUGCGGGAGGAGCUGCAGCUGCUGCAGGAGCAGGGCUCCUACGUGGGCGAGGUGGUGAGAGCCAUGGACAAGAAGAAAGUGCUCGUGAAGGUGCACCCAGAAGGGAAAUUCGUGGUGGAUGUUGACAAGAAUAUCGACAUUAAUGAUGUGACCCCAAACUGCCGCGUGGCCUUACGCAACGACAGCUACACACUGCACAAGAUCCUGCCCAACAAAGUGGACCCUCUGGUGUCUCUGAUGAUGGUGGAGAAGGUCCCGGAUUCCACUUACGAGAUGAUCGGAGGCUUGGACAAACAGAUAAAGGAGAUCAAGGAAGUGAUUGAGCUGCCAGUCAAGCACCCAGAGCUCUUUGAGGCGCUGGGGAUUGCUCAGCCCAAGGGCGUGCUGCUCUAUGGACCCCCUGGCACUGGCAAGACCUUGUUGGCCAGAGCUGUGGCCCACCACACCGACUGCACCUUCAUCCGUGUGUCAGGCUCCGAGCUGGUGCAGAAGUUCAUUGGUGAAGGUGCCCGCAUGGUGCGGGAGCUGUUUGUGAUGGCCCGGGAACACGCUCCCUCAAUUAUCUUCAUGGAUGAGAUCGACUCCAUUGGCUCCUCCCGCCUGGAGGGUGGCUCUGGUGGGGACAGCGAGGUGCAGCGCACGAUGCUGGAGCUCCUCAACCAGCUCGAUGGUUUCGAGGCCACCAAGAACAUCAAGGUGAUCAUGGCCACAAACCGGAUUGACAUCCUCGACUCAGCUCUGCUGCGCCCUGGCCGCAUCGACAGGAAGAUUGAGUUCCCCCCUCCCAAUGAGGAGGCCCGCCUGGAUAUCCUCAAAAUCCACUCUCGGAAAAUGAACCUGACGCGUGGCAUCAACCUGCGGAAGAUCGCGGAGCUGAUGCCAGGGGCAUCAGGUGCAGAAGUGAAGGGGGUGUGCACAGAAGCUGGCAUGUACGCGCUGAGGGAGAGGCGGGUGCACGUCACACAGGAGGACUUUGAAAUGGCUGUUGCCAAGGUGAUGCAGAAAGACAGUGAGAAGAACAUGUCCAUCAAGAAGCUGUGGAAGUAAGGGUGAGCCAGGGGCUGUGUUUUCUCUAAUAAAGUGCUGCUGUGCCCA